GGCCCCUUGCAAGCGCCGCCCCCAGCCCGCCCCUCUUCAGCAAACAGCCGGCUGCAUACACAGGGCAACAUGACUGCCUGGGAAGAGGCGGCUCUGGCAGAGGAGCUACGCUGGCUCCAGGAGGAUUAUUAGCCCCGGAUCAAGGGGGCGUGCGGGGAAGGUAGCCUCCAGAGGCGGCGGCGGAGGGGGGCAAGGAAGAGCCCCCCCCCCCAUCCAAAACAGAAAGCGAGCGCUGAGCGCGCUGGAGGAGCUCGCAGAGCCGCAGUCCAGCCAGAUUGGUGUAUUGGCUACCUAGAACCCCAGGUCCUGAUGGGGGAUUCAGGAUCAAGACGGUCAACUAUUGUGUCCCGAUUGCCAAUAUUCAGGAGGAGUAUUAGCCGAAGACACGACUCCCUUCCUUCCUCGCCUUCCUCUGUCAAUACUGUUGGUGUCCACAGUUCCUCUCCUUCUAGCACAAAUUCAAGCUCAGGGAGUACAGGCAAGCGUAGGAGCAUAUUCCGUACUCCUUCCAUUAGCUUUCAUCACAAGAAAGGGAGUGAACAGAAAUCUGAAUCUGCAAACCAGAAUAUAAGUAUUUCAAAUGGCGUCCAGUCUGCUCACAACAGUUUGCAGAAACUCAGCUUGGAGGAGCACGUUAAAAGCAGAGGGAGACAUUCGGUUGGUUUUGGCAGCUCGUGCAGCAAGAAAAUAACAAGGUCUUUGACAGAGGACUUUGAAAAGGGGAAGGAGCCCUCAGCUAAUAAGAAUGUCUUCAUAAAUUGCUUAAGUUCUGGCAAGAAUGAGAGUGAUGACUCUGGCUUUACAGAGGAGCGAAGCAGAUGCUCCACUAAACAGCCCACACGAAAACUUCUCCCUAAGUCUUUUUCUUCGCACUACAAGUUUUCAAAGCCAGUCCCCCAGAGCCAGUCGGUAUCCUGCGUGCAACAGUCUGGAUGCUUAUUAGAGAUUAAACCAUAUGUUGAACGUGAGUCUGUCACAGUAAGGUCCUCUCCUUCAUGCUCUGCUGAGAUAACAGAAUGCACAGGAAGUUCUUUGCAAUCGCCACUACUUUCCGCUGAUCCCACCACAGUCCACACCCCUUCGGAGUUUUUAGCCUUGACAGAGGAUUCUGUUUCAGAAGUUGAUGCACCAACUAAUAAUGCAAACACAGGACUGCUCCCAGAGAACUUUGGCCACCAUGUUUCUACCUCUCGGAUGUUCCUCAACCCAGCUACAGCUCACAUGAGGGAAAAUGAGCACGUAGAAAGUACUUCCCAGCUUGUUAUAGCUCCUGUGAGAUGCACAACCUUAUGCAAUACUGAAUCAAAUAUCUUACCCCAGACCUCUGCUGCUAAUCAAAUACAAGUAUUACUACAGGCCACUGAACUACCUGUUGAAGAUGCCGGGCCUUUAGGCAAAAUUAACUCUGCAGAUGCACAAUUAGAAACCUUGAUGUUAAAUUGUGCAGAAAAAACAAUGGAAACCACCCCAAAAGCACAUGAAUUAAGUGGUGGCCACCACAACUUAACAGUACCUGAGCACAUUAAAGAAAUGGUUCCUGUAAUGGCAUCUAAGAUUCUCCCGUCGUCUUCUGAAACUCAGUUUUUUAAACAACAACAGGAAUAUGAGGUUAAUCACUCUGAAGUUGAUCUUUCCAGUAGCUUCAGUCCAUACCGAGAAGGCAGAUUCAUAGAAAAACGCCUGAGGUCCUCUUCAGAAGGAACGGCUGGAAGUAGCAGGUUGAUAGUGAAACCAAAGGAUGGAAACACAGAGGGACAUAAUAGUCUACGAAAGCAGAGAACAAGUUCCUCUUCUUCAAAAAUGAACAGCAUGGAUGUUUUGAAUAACCUGGGUUCCUGUGAGUUGGAUGAAGAUGACCUCAUGCUUGACUUGGAAUUCCUAGAAGAGCAGAAUCACCAUCAUUCUGUUUGUCGGGAAGAUUCAUGCCAGUCCAUAGUUUCCUGUGCUGCUGUAGUGCUUGCUCCUGUAGAGUCACCUGUGGAAGCAAAGAAAAAGGAACAACCAAGAAUGCUUGAUGUUGCCAAACAGAAUCUGUCUUUGAAGUUGUCAAAGGACAUGGAACUAGGAGAAGCUAAGUGCCCUCUUAUUACCCAGGCAGCCAGCAGUCCAUCAGUGGAGUGGCCUUUUGCAGGUCUGGAAGAAGGUGGAGGCAUGGAAUCAUUGCCUUUUAGACUAAUGAUGCAGGACUGCACAGCUGUCAAGACAUUACUGCUGAAAAUGAAGAGGGUUCUUCAAGAGAGUGCAGAUAUGAGUCCUGCUAGUAGUACAACUUCGCUUCCUGUUAGCCCACUUACUGAAGAGCCAUUGCCCUUCAAGGAUAUAAUGAAAGAUGAAUGCUCAGUGCUGAAGCUGCAGUUGAAGGAGAGGGAUGAACUCAUUUCCCAGCUACGCGAGGAGCUGGAAAAAGCUCAACAUUUACAGAAGGUUCUUAUUUCCCAAGCAGAUAAAUCCACACAGACUGAACUUAUAGGCCAUGAUGCUACAUAUCUAAACAGAAUUACGAUCCAAAAUCUCAACACAAGGGACAGAAAAUCAGCACAUACUCCCACCGAGGACCCUUUUAGAUAUUCAUCGGGCAACCAAGCAACUGCCUACGAGACCAAAAGCUGUCAGCUGUCAAAUCUGUGUCGGAGCAACCUCCUGAAAGAUAAAGAAAUAGCGGAAGUCGUUAAGCACACAAGAAGCACAUAUGAAACCCUCACUUCUAAUAUCACCCAGAAUCUUUUGGCCAACACUGCGCAAAAUACAGUAAAGCCAACACCCAAGGCAGAAAACUUCCCUGUAUUUUCAGGGGCUCCAAAGGAUCAGACUACUAUACCCCGGCAGCAUUCCACAUUUACAGGAAGACUCGGACAGCCUCCAAGGGGACCAAUUUCCUUACACAUGUACAGCAGGAAAAAUGUUUUCCUUCAUCAUAAUAUACAUACUGCAGAGCUGCAGACUUUAGGUCAACAAGAUGGGUAACAAGAUUCUCCUAUUUUUCUCAUGGAAGGA